AUGUCUGACGCUACGCUGGCUGACUACAACUAUGGCGGAACCGACGAGGAGAACGCCGAGAUCCGGACGUUGAGCCUGCAGCUGGAUGACGACUCGGACAACUUCGAGCUCUGGGAGAAGCUGCUGUACGCGUGCGAGGCCCUUGACGGCGGGCUCAACCGCAACUCGACCCCGCUGGCUAUCGAGACGAUGCGCAGCACCUACGACCGCAUGCUGCGCAAGUUCCCGCUGCUGUUUGGCUACUGGAAAAAGUAUGCCGACUUUGAGUUCAACAUCUCGGGCCCCGAGGCGGCCGAGAUGAUUUACGAGCGCGGCUGUGCCAGCAUCACCAACUCGGUCGAUCUGUGGACGCAGUACUGCACGUUCAAGCUUGAGACGACCCAUGAGCCCCAGCCCGUGCGAGAGUAA